CAUCGCUUCUUCAGAAUACUAAAAAACUUUCGCCGUCAAUUCCCGGCGGCGUUCAGCGGCGGGGGCCUGCAUCUUGUUUGUGCUCUCCGUCGGAUGAACUCUGCCGCCCUUCCUCUCUCUGCCGCUGCGUCUCGCCGACCCCUGGCUUUUGACUCUGAUGAGAGCCUACAAAACCAAAGACAGACCCCGUGCUCUGUUUCUCUGUCAGCCGCCGCUCCUCCAUAUCAGUCAAUCUUGCCUCAGUGAUGGACAGGAUGAAAGGGGAGGAUCACCAGGUACCGGUGUACGCGUCAGGGUCCCAGGUGCUCCAAAAGCUUCAAGAGAAAUGGGAAUUCACCAAACAAUGGUACCCAGCAAUGUACUCGAGUGUCAUUGGCGGUAUCAUACUCGACCAAUCUAUGAUGGCGAUCCCGAUUGACGAUCACAUGGUUCACAGAGGACACGGCGUCUUCGACACUUCCACGAUUUCUGAUGGAUACUUGUAUGAACUUGAUUCGCAUUUGGAUCGGAUCCUAACAUCUGCAUCCAAAGCAAAGAUCGAUUCUCCGUUCCCACGCGAGACGCUGCGCGACAUACUGAUCCAGAUGACUGCAGCCUCCAAGUGCAAGAACGGCUCGAUCAAGUACUGGCUGAGCGCCGGCCCCGGCGAUUUCCUGCUCUCACCAAAGGGCUGCACGGGUCCUGCAUUCUACGCCAUCGUCAUCGCCGCCGCCACCUCCCGCCGCUCUCAACGCAAGGAGGGCGUCAAGGCGAUCACAACCACUGUGCCCAUGAAACACCCAUUCUUCGCGGGCAUGAAGAGCGUGAAUUACCUCCCGAACGCGUUGGCCAUGAUGGAAGCCGAAGAGCGAGGAGCGUACGCGUCGGUCUGGGUCGACGAGGAGGGGUACGUCGCCGAGGGACCCAUGAUGAACGUCGCGUUCGUCACGGUGAGCGGCGAGCUGGUGCUGCCGGCUUUCGACAAGAUCCUCAGUGGAUGCACGGCGAAGCGGCUCCUCGCGUUGGCGCCCAAGUUGGUUGAAGCCGGCCUUCUGAAGAGUGUCAAAGCUGCAAGUGUUUCUGACGAUGAGGCCAGGCAGUGCGCGGAGAUGAUGUUUCUGGGGAGUGGGCUUCCAUUGCUGCCGAUCGUUGAAUGGGACGGCAAGCCAGUGGGUGAUGGACAAGCUGGGAAAAUAAGUCUUGCCCUCUCUGGUCUGCUCUGGGAUGACCUCGAGUCCGGUCCGGACAGGAUUCCUGUUCCUUACGGUUAAGGACAGAUGAUUGCUACUGGAUCAUAGAAGAAUGAACAUCAGCGCUUUCUGUGAUAUGCUUCAGCAAGUAGAAAUAAGCUUAUAUUAUUAUUAUUUCUUUUGAGAAAAGGUUAUGUACUUAUGUUAUACUGUGAUUUGUGAGAUCUAUGAUUUCUUGAAUAACAAAAUUGCAGCUUUUUUCUUUUUUAUUUCAUUGU